CAAUGCUGAGAUUUUGUACAUGAAGAUGGAUGGAAUCCAAGCUGACAUCUUACACUCAAACACAGUGAACAUUGCUGAGGCCUGUGACGAAUAUACGUUACUCCUCAGCGAUUGGUUGCGUUGAUGUUCCACCCCAUCAAAUGGCGGGAAUGCAUCCUGGGGCUAAGAUCUGCUAUGCAGAAGGGCAAAAAAGUGGCAGUGGAGAACACAGAGACCGUGAAGAGAAUUAAGAGAAAGGUGACUCAUGUUAAAGAAGAGCCAACGGAAGCAGAAUCCUCUGUUUACCACUUUUUCCAGUGUCCAGAGGAUAUUGGGUCUUUCAGGUCGCAGCUCCUGCGGUGGUAUGAACAAACGAAGAGGGAAUUGCCAUGGCGGACAUUGGCGAUGACAGAACAGGACAUCGAUGUCAGAACAUAUGCAGUUUGGGUCUCUGAAAUCAUGCUUCAGCAAACUCAAGUGGCCACUGUCAUAGACUACUAUAACAGAUGGAUGAAGAAGUGGCCCACUGUGGAGAAACUCUCUGAAGCCACACUGGAGGAGGUGAAUCAGAUCUGGGCAGGGCUUGGGUACUACUCAAGAGGGAGAAGGCUGCAUGAGGGAUCCCAAAAGGUGGUGUCAGAGCUGGGGGGAGAGAUGCCCAGGACCACAGAGAAGCUUCUGAAGCAGCUUCCAGGGGUGGGGCGCUACACUGCGGGAGCCAUAGGCUCCAUUGCACUUGGCCAGGUGACGGGUGUGGUGGAUGGAAAUGUGAUUCGUGUCCUGUGUCGUGUUCGGGCCAUUGGGGCAGACAGCACAAGUCCAGCAGUCACUGAGGCACUAUGGAAGAUGGCUGAUACCCUUGUUGAUCCUCAGAGACCUGGAGACUUUAACCAAGCCAUGAUGGAGCUGGGGGCACGAGUGUGCACUCCUAAAAGCCCACUAUGUAACACGUGUCCUGUACAGUCACACUGCCAUGCCUUCAAGAAGGUCCUUGUCAAGCAAGAGAAGGAAUCCAGGAGACUCCAGAGUAAAUUGGAUCCAGCGGUCAAUGGCUCUGUUCCAGAUAUUGAAAAUUGUGGGACCACAGGUACCUGCAAGCUCUGCUCGUCUGAGCCUUGGGACAGCCAGCUGGGUGUGCAGAACUACCCAAGGAAGCCUGCCAAGAAAGCUGCCCGCGUGGAGCGGACCCUGGUCUGUGUGCUGGAGCGGGAUGGGGCAGGAGAUGAGAGAGAGUACCUUCUCACACAGAGGCCUAGUAAAGGAUUGUUGGCUGGAAUGUGGGAAUUGCCAGGCGUGCUGGAGGAGGAGGGAGGUUCAGAAAUGAAACGGAAAAAAGCUCUGUGCACAGAGAUGGGGAAGAUUCUGGGAGUCCCUCUAGACAAAGAGCCUCUGGAGUUUGUUGGCGAGGUUGUUCAUAUUUUUUCACACAUCCACCAAACAUAUGUUGUGUAUAGUAUGGUGUUUCCGGCUCAUAAAAACGGAAAGGAGAAGCCAACAAUCCGCUGGCUCACCAGAUCUGCCCUGCAAGAAGCUGCAGUUUCAACAGGAGUGAAAAAGAUAAUGAAGCUGUAUGAUUCCAUGAAAAUUCCUAAAGGAGGAAAUGCCAAGGACAAAAAGAGAAAAAGCUCUGAAUCAAAGGAUGGCAAGAAACCCAAAAAAGUGAAGGACAGUGGAGGAGCCAAGCAGCUUUCCCUCACCAAGUUCUUCUCUCCCUCAAAAACAAACUAAUGGACAGAGGCAGUAUUGGCCUGAUGGUCAACUGAUCACAGAUAUAGUUGGAAACACACUAAUGUUUAACAGAUGUCCCUGGCUUCUCCAUUGCUAUGAUAUAUCUAUAAAGGUCAUGAAAUGUCCUGCUGGGGACAAAGAACAUGCCUUUCUUUCUUUAUUUUAUAUUCUACUCUAAAGUCAUCCUAUGAUCCAUUCCCGGUUGAUACUAUAUAUAAAUUGAGUGGUGAAUAAACAUUUUUUAUAAGACAUUUAGAUUAAAAA